AUGUCUAAAUUAAAUGAACAUACAAUUGCGGAUUUGUUGGAUUUUGAAAUGGAUGAAGACGAAAUGUCUAUACCUUCUGGGUCUGAAUUUUCUGACCAAGAAGAGGACGAAGAAAAUUUUUUCAGAUUAAAUAUUGCUAUGACUUACUUACGUUAUCCACAACUCAGAAUGUAUUGGUCGUCUGUUGAAGGUAUAAAAAUACCUUUUAUAGCUGAUAAUAUGACCAAUAAUCGUUUUGAAGAAAUAAAACGUAAUUUACAUUUUGCUUCUGACGAGGAACGUAUAAAAGGAGACGGAUACUGGAGAGUUCACCCAGUUCUUGACAUUUUACAUCAAACAUUUCAUGAGGCAAAUGAUAAUUCAGAACACCAAGCAAUUGACGAAAUGAUGAUACCAUUUAAAGGUCGAAAUUCUUUAAAACAAUCUCAGAAAUAA